AUGAGCGACAUUGAUGGGAAACCUUUCACUGCUUUGGUGUCUGAUUAUUUUACCCAUGUUGACGAUACUUCAGAUUCAGAUGAACCAUUGAAUGAAAUUGUGAAGAAGAUUACAAAUAAUGAUGCCAAGUUAGUCGAAUUGAUACAAUCAUUGGGCAACGAUUUAAAAAAUGAGGACGGUGCAUCUCGAGCAAAAGCCUUGGGUUGUCUUUCGAAAGUUUUGGAGCGCUUGCCUUUGGGUAAGCUCUCAUCAGUAGAAAUAGGCCAUUUGAUCAAGUUUUUCAUGACGAAAUUUGAUGAUAUCUUAGCAUUCAAGCAAAUAUUGACAGGAUUAAAUUCAUUGAUACUAAUGGAUCGUUUUGAAAUCAACGAGAUAUCUGAGGUGAUAAUCAAAGAGUUUACAGAAAGCUAUAAUGCCAAAAACUUCAACGCUCAUGUCAGGUAUCUUACUUUCCAAAUUCUUGACAAUAUAAUCAGACAACCUCGCAACUUCGUGGCGGUCACCAGUGAUUCAAAACUCAACGACGCAUACAUCAAGAGCUUCUUGAAUAUUGCCACGGGGGAAAAAGAUCCAAGAAACUUGAUGUUGUCUUUCCAUCUCAAUGAAAUUAUUUUAAAACAGUUCAAUAAUAUUGAUUCCUUUAAAGAGGACUUGUUCGAUAAUAGUUUUUGUUACUUCCCUAUCGCCUUCAAACCUCCAAAGAAUGAUCCAUAUAAAAUCACUACUAAUGAUUUGAAAAGUGCUCUUAGAAAUACAUUGACUGCAAAUGAUCUGACAAUUGAGGAUCUAUUACCAAACUUAUUUGAGAAAUUGACCUCAACUUCCAUGAGUGUCAAACAAGAUGUUUUAGAUACGUUAAAAGAUGCCAUUGGAAAAUUUAAUGCUGAAGUGGUGAAUGUUCAUUGGAUUGAAAUAUGGGAUGCCCUAAAGUUUGAAAUCCUUCAUAAUGAUAAUAUCCCUUAUUAUUCGGUAAUUAGAAAAAUUGAUGAUUUGAGAGAAAAUAAACUUGAGGAAAAUUUAGAAAUGUUGACAAAUGAUGAAAAAGAAAAAAAAGAGAGCGUGAAGGUCACUAGCUCGACACUAUUACUUUUCAAACAAUUGGCAACCAAAUUUGCUGAAAAAGAUGAGUUUCUACAAUUGUAUCUUGAGAAGUUGAUCGAGGAUUUGUUGAGUAAUAUAAAUGAUCCAAAAAGCAAGCUAGUGAAACAGUCAUAUUUGCUAUUAUCAGUAAUUGCACAAGCAAAUGAUUAUUCUUUCAAUUAUAUUAUAAAGAACAUCGGCCCAAUUUUGAUGAAAUCAAAUAAAUUACAAGCAGCUAAUGUUGAAGAACAGAAGGUGAUAAUUGAGGAAAUUUCAUUCUUUUUGCACUCUUAUCUUAACCUCUAUGGUUCUUUUACAAAUUCUGCAAACACAAGGCCGUUAGACCUAGAGACUAAUGCUAUGAUGGCUCAUAAAGAUGAAAUUAUCAUUAUUUUAUCAAGAUCAUUAGUAUCGUCUUCUGGGCUGUUCGCCGAUUUGAAGAUCCAGGCGUUGAGAAACUUGAGAUUACUUUUAGAACUAAAAGGCUUCUUGAACAUUUCAGAAGUUAGAAUGAUUUUGAAUUACAUUUCUGAUAUUUUGAUAGAGUAUGUCAGUUUAGAAGGAAAUAAUGAAGAGAAAGAAAGUCAGUUUAAUAAAAUUUAUAAACUGUGUCUUAGUGUUUUAGCUACUAUUACGGAAAUGAAUAACGUUUUAAUAUCUGGAGAGUUCUUUUCACAGUUUUUGAGUUUGUUAGCAGAUGAGAUUGUGGAGGCUCCUGAUUUUAAAAAUUCGGAAAAAAUAUUGUCAAUCUUGAGCGACUUAUCCUGCAAAAACUCUAAUUUGUUAGAAGUUCUUUCAAUCAGACUUCUUUCCAAAUUGAAUAUUGUGAUUGACAAUUGCAAAAAAAAUGAUAACAAAGCGGCGGAUUACAACGACAAAUGCUUGAAAUAUGCUUUGUUGAUUCUUAAUGUAUUGUACAAUUCAUUAUUCAAGUUUUUGAAAUCGCACCCAGACUUUAAAACUAGUAACAAUUUCUUGAAAAAAUACAUUCCAUUGUUAUUGACCCUAUGUUUCUCCAUCGAUUCCAAAGAUGUUUUCUACAAUGACAGCCUUGUGGAGUUGAGCUCAAGAAUCUUGUUCUUGAUUGUUUUGAGAUCGGAGAUACUGAUGCAUCAAGAAAUCCUUGACACCUUUAUUGGAUUGUUUGUGGAAAGCAAGGCGACCGAUCUUUUUGAAGUGAUAAUGCCAGAGAAUAUAUUUAAUUAUCAGUCCAAAAUGGUUCACCUCUUUGUGAAACUGAUUGCUGGCAUCGACUUUAAAUCCACCACUUGGAGCACUCAAAUAUCUGUGAACGACUUCACCGACAAAACCAUAGAAUUACUUAAUCUCAAAGAAGGAGACGUAUACCAAAGGCUAGGAUAUUUACAAUUACUAUUCAUGGUUGUAAACAAAUGGUCGGGUAGCUCUGAGGAUGAUUCUACGAUGGAGUUAUAUCUGAAAUUGACUGGCAAUAUCAAGAGCCAUAUUACUAAUAAUUUUAAUGAAACUGUGAAUGAUCUUGAGAUUUUUGUGUGGAUUGCCAAGGCUUUGAUACUAAAGAACCACCGAUUAUCCGCUGAUGCGGCACAAUUUUUGCUUGGAUUGAUUGACGAUGCUGCAAAGUCUCCUGAAGCAAAAGCGCUUAGUGAUAAAAUUUGCAAAAGUUUUGAUAUUCUUGUUACAGAGGAGAUAAUUUUCAAAGUCGACUAUACUAGACAAGUAGACAGCGGGAUGAAACGGAAAUUAUUGAAGAAAGAUGGCGUCAAUCAUAAUAUCAACUUGAAGCCAUUGUACAAACAAAAACUUUUUGAAAUCUUGAUCCCAAGCUUGAUUUCUAGUUUCCAAACAAACACCAAGGUUUAUUCGGAUGGCGAUGAUGAAAAUUCGACGAUAUUGAAAAAAGCAUUUUAUUUGACCACUUUAAGUUUAGUGUCGAACCACAUGAGCACGGAUAUCAUUUUGAUGCAGUUGGAGGAUCUUUUCCCAUUGCUCAUUGAAUCCAUUAAGUUGAAUAGCUCCCAAGUCAGAGGGGCGGCAUUGACCACUUUGGACUCUCUAAUCACUGAAAGGACCGUCAAACUAAUUGGAAAUUACUUAUCCUCGUUGAUUCCGACGUUGAUUAAUUGUUUCAAAUCUGCCAAUUAUUUCAAAAAGGAUUUGGAUGAAAAUGCUGAAUCUUUGAAGAUUGACAAAGUAUUCAUGAAGUAUAAUUCUCCAGAAGUUAGAGAGAAAUCAUUGGGGUGCUUGUUGAAGUUGUGCCAAUAUAUUGAUUUGAUAAAGUUGGUGCCUUUCAAAGAAGUUGUUCUCAAGAAUAUGGUUGUUCCAUUGGAUGAUAAGAAGCGAGAUGUGAGAAAAAAGGCGUGCGAUUGUAGACAGGAUUUCUACGAGCUUGGUCAAGUGAAAGCAUGA